AUACAAAACACAUUUUUUGAUAAUUGCAACACUAUCUUUCCGUCAAAAAUUGUGGACGACCUAAAAAGAAAAUAACUACUCUUACAAUUAUGAAUACCCAUUCAACUAGAAUUACAAAUAAUUUAUAGAAAAGUAUUAAAAACUCGCAGAGGUAUACUGUUCAAUAUCUGGAAAUGGCUUCUGAUAUAAUUAUGAAUGAAAAAAUCAGUAUUCAGAAUAUUCUGUUUACAAAGGCAAUGCCUAAUUAUAAAAUACCUAUACCCACUGAUGGAUAUAAAGUUCACUCCUGUACUGAUUGUGGAGACAGAUUUUUGUUUGAGUCUAGCCUAGCAGUACAUAUAAACAGAAAAUCUUUCAUGAUCAAAUACUUGUGCAGGUACUGUGGGUGUCUAAAUGAAUUCUUUAAUAGGUGCCAGUUUUUAUCACAUAUACGCUCUCAUGUGACUAAAACUGCAACAGUAAACAUAAGUGAUAUAAAGGUGGAACCAUUACCAUUAAUAACAUCAGUGGCACAAAGUUCUCAAAACAACCAAGAAAAUGAUACCCAAAUAACGAAACACUUUAAAUACCCAUGUUUUGAGUGUAAAGAUGAUAUAGCUGUUACUGGAAUUCUUGAAAAAGACAGAGCUUUACAUUACAUGCAAACAACAAGAAUGCUGACAUGUCCUGUGUGUUUAUUCACAUUACCCUCAUCAUGUGCACUUAUUGCCCAUCUCCGAAUACAUUUAAAAACUCCUCCAUUCAUUUGUUCAGAAUGUGGUGCAUACCUUAGCCUUAGAACCUGUAUGUACCCAUAUAAUCAUGAUUGUGAUGGUUUUAAAAUGAUGAGAGUAACAUCAAGAAUAAAAUGCAUAAAUGGUACUUGUCCAGCAAUUCAUCCAAAUAAUUUUCUUAUGCAUUUGAAAUCUUGCCACUUAAACAAAAUAUAUAAAUGUCCUAAUUGUUAUCUAGCUGGUUACAGUGAAAAUGCUGUUCUUAAACAUGUAAUGAGAUGUUGUAAUAAAACUAAGUAUCCAACAUAUUUUGAAUGUCAGCAGUGUCCUGGAAAUUUUCUAAGUUCAAGUCAAAUUCAUAAGCAUCUUGAUAAGCACUUCCAGGAGACUCAAAAAAAUUGUGACAGUCAAAUAUUCCCAUGCUGGAGUUGUGGUUUAACUUUGUCUAAUGUGUAUGAUUUUCUCAAUCACCAUAUAUCUAAACAUUGGUCCUAUACUACCAAUAAAAUAUUAGGAAAUGUUAUAAAGACUGUUAAAUAUGGAGAUUGUGAUUCUUGUCAUAAGACAUUAUGGUACUGGCAACAGAGCCAUGAAAGAUUAAAGAAAUGUUUUUAUUGCAUUCUUAAUGGCAAUUCAGAAACUAUAUUUGAGGAAACAUCCAGUAAUCAGCUUAAUAAACAUCAUAAUAUAAAAUGUCAUGUAUGCAAAAUUGAAGUAAAUGAAAAUUGGGAAGAUAUUAAAAAGCAUUUUAACCAAUUUCACAAAAGUAUCAAAUAUUUAGACUUAAAAUUGGUUGUAAGUAAAUUAAACUCGAAGAGUUUUCAGAAAUAUGCAAACAGGUCACAUAAUGCACCAACAAAAAAAAUUACCAAACAUUUUAAACAGAAAAAAAGACCAAGUUCAAUUAAACCACUCUAUGAUAAAAUCAACAUUCAUAAUUCUACAAAAGAAAUACUUAAAAAUUCCUACAACUGUUUGAAGUGCAACUAUAAUACUGAAGAUAUAAUCUCUUAUGAAACCCAUAUAAAAACUCACAGGGAUCCUGAUAUGGCAUACCAAUGUAUGGAAUGUGGUAAUUGUUUAGCAGUAAAACCAUCAUUUUCUAAACACCUACUAUUGGAACACAAUAUAUCUGAUGUAGAAUAUUAUGUUAAAAAUAAAGAUUGCUUCAAUAAAACAGCUUUUGAGAAAACAAUGAAAGUCCAACCAGAGGAAAAUUUGCCACUUGAAAAAAAUCAGUGCAAUGUGUGUAGAGAUAAAUUUAUUGAUUCAAACAGUUUGGAAAAACAUUAUAGAGUUCAUGGUAUGGCUUUCUUAAUUAAAAACACACAAAAAUCUAAGAGCCCACAAAAUGAAAAGGAUAAUAUUGUUAUAUAAGAAACUUUUCAUUACCUACUUCAGUGUCAUGUCCCUCACAUUACAUUACUAUAUUCAUCUUUCAUAUAUUUAAUUUAUAAAUUGCAAUGUUUUCCAAUUUUUUGAAUGUUGUAGCAGGACAAUUUUGUUCUUAAUAACUCUUUCUGCUCCUCCUUUCUUCUAUAGAAAUCUGUAAUGAUACAAUUCCUGUAACUCAUUUAUUGUAUGGUUGUGUUAGGUUUUUAUAACAGAUAAGAUAGAUAGCCCUGUUUUUUUUUAGUUUUUGCAACAGAAUAUUUAAAAUAUGUUUUAUACAACCUGUGCUUUACAGUAGUUAGAUGUGAUGCUUGCUAAUUAUCUACCACAGUAUAUAAUUUUCAAUAGUUCCUUCUUAAACCAAACUAGCAUCCUUAGUUUCAUUAUAAGUACAGUGAAAUCUGAAGAAUGUGAUGAUUGUAAAUAAAAUUUAUGUUAACCCUUCUGAACCAUUCCAAAUCAACUUUUUCUGAAAUAUUUUACUGUGAAAAAUAAAUAUGUAUAAAUAGUAAUAACAUUUUAAUUACAAUCUCACUUAAAUUACAGGGCAAAGGUACAGUUAAAAUGAGAAGAUUCAUACUAGUGACAUUUAAUAUUCCUCAAGCAGUGACCAUUUAUUAUAAUUUACAGGUACUAAGUUGCCAAAGUCAAAACCUUCUGUUAUGAUAUAGGCUAUUGGCAUAAAAUAAUAUCACAUUACAUAAAUUUACACAUUAUGUUUAAAUUAUACUUAUUAAAUGUACAGAACAGAAUAAUUGAAAUUAGCUAUAACCUAAAUCAAAUUUAUACAUUAAAUAUAUUUUAAAAUUAAGAUUGCAGAUAAUAGUGGAAAUGGAUAAGAAAAAUACUGAUCCCUUUAUAAAUAUUAAAACCAUUGGAUGACUAUUGUUCUCUAUUAAUCUUAUAUAUAAAAUAGCAAUUUAUUAAUUCAUACAUCUGAAUAAAAGAAAAUCUAAAUUGUUAAAGUAGUUAUACAAAAAGGUGGAUAGUAUUAAGUUAAAUAAAUGACAUAUACUCCUUUAAACUGUUUCAUUUAGAUUCUAAUGGUAUAUAUAUUGGAUGAUAUUUAUAUGCUCCUUUCAUAGUUUUUCUGCAUUGUGGGCAUCUUUUAUCAUGACGUAAUGCUGUUUCAAUA